GUAAAUAUAGGCUAGGUUGCCAAAAGACCAUCUGAUUUCAGGCUUAGGCCGCUCUACUAUAAAGUGAGGGGAUCCACACAGAAGGUUAAAGUGACUUCACCAAAACACGCAUCAUGCCGUUCAUCGACCUCCAGGGGAAGUUGGGCAUCAACAUGGACAAAUGGAUGUUGAUCCAGGGUGGAGAGCAGCCAUACAAACGUGCGCCGCGCUGCCACGCCUUUGAGAAGGAGUGGAUCGAGUGUGCGGAUGGCAUUGGUCAGACCCGUGCCAAGAAGGAGUGCAAGCUAGAGUUUGAGGACUUCUAUGAGUGCAUGCACAGAGAGAAGACGCACAAGAGGCUGUAUGAGAUCCGUAAGCAGCGGGACAAGAUGGUGAAGGAGGGCACCUACCAGACCCCAGCUCACCACACUGGCGCUCAGGCUGACAACAGGCCUUGACCUUAUUUGACCUUGUUGACCACAAGGUACAGUGUAGGGAGAGAUGAUUGGAAGAAAGGGACAGAAAUGUGAAGGUGAUUUAUAAUAUGUGCACUCAGGUUUCAGUUUGAUGUUCACUAUAUUUGUGUCCCCCCAAAAACGUUUGACAGCCUCUCUCAAUAUUUCCUCUGAAUGUGCAGUUAAGUGUCUGACGUGGAUAUCUCUCACUGUCUGUGCAGGUAGCUUAGUGGUUAGAGCGUUGGAUGAGUAACCGAAAGGUUGCAAGGUCAAAUCCCCGAGCUGACAAGGUAA